AUGGCCUCGUCAGACAUCCUGGCCGAAGCACAGAUCCGCUCCUUAGUGAUACGAGAACGCUUCUAUCGGGACGCCUGUCAGUGGAAAAAGCUGAGAGAAUGCUAUCACCCGGAUGCGUCGCAAACCCUGGUGGACAUUUCAUGGUAUGCACGAGCAGAGGCGGACCGAGGGUUUCCGUCCCACUGGUACCACGGGGAUGCCGAUGGCUUUGUUCGUCGCUCGGAAGAAAUGGCCAAGGCCGGCACGUCGUCUUUGCACACUAUACAACCAGCAGAGAUCACACUCAACGGAGACAAGGCCUUUUCCCAGUCGGUCGGGACGAUAUCGACCAGGAUGCAACGAGACAGCAAGGAAUACGAGCUGAUAUCGAGAUGUCGAAUGCUGUCCAAGCUCCGCCUCGUCGGGCAAUGGUGGUACAUGCUCUCCAUGGAGGUGAUCUACUUGCAGGAUUCCAUCGUUCCAGUCAUACCUGAAUCCUUCACCUCGGACGCGGACUUUGCACGCGCGAUAUCAGGAAAGCGGAAGAGCUAUCAACUCCUGGCGUGGGUCCUCGAGGAGCAUGGACUGACCAUCAACAACAAGCUUCCGGGUUCCGAUGAUAGGGAGAGCGUUGAGAAAGUGCUUGGAACGAACGAGGCAUGGCUGUUUUCCUGA